CGAUAGAUAAGUUUUCUACUCGUGAUACUCGGAAUAGUACUGCUGUAGAAGACAAACACAAUAAUUAGUMUUGAAACACAAAUCGGGAGAGAAGAAAUUGAGUAGAUAUGAGUUUCUCGUGCAAUAACCGACAGGGGGCUGUGACCGCCGUUCUCUUUUUUCUUGCGGCAUCUGUUGCUGUUGAUGGAUUUGUGCCUCGCGUCGGACUUUCCUCAGUACCGAAAAUAAGUACAGAACAAGAGCAUCAACGCGAUGAAGUAUCUGCRACAACCCUCUUUAUGGCCAGGCGUAACAUGAACAUGAACAGACGCGCGCCUGUCAAGGAGCAAAAACCACCGAUGAACGAAGAAGUGCCCGUAGGCGAUAUUCGUGUCACAGCGACCAACGCGAAGGGGAAGGACGAACCUCUCGGUAUCAUGUCUCGGGAUGAGGCCUUGGCAAAAGCAAAGGAAAUGGGGGGCCUUGAUUUGAUCCUCCUCAACCCUAAUUCGGAUCCACCAGUGUGCAAGAUUGCGGACUACUCCAAAUACCGUUACAUGAAAGAAAAAAAAGCCAAGGAGGUCAAAAAGAAUUCCAAGGCAACCGAAAUCAAGGAAGUUAAAAUGUCCUACAAGAUCGAUGUCCACGAUUACGAAGUUAGAAAAAAGAACGCCCUGAAAUUUUUGAAACAGGGCAACCGAGUCAAAUGUUCGGUCAUGUUCCGAGGACGAGAGGUCCAACACGACAAACUAGGUUACGAGCUAUUGGACAAGUUGGCAGAGGAAAUGGAAGACAUGUGCACGAGAGAGGGACGACCGAAACGUGAAGGACGCAACUUGUCCAUGAUUGUAACACCCCGUCCGGAGGUUGUCAAGCAAGUCAAUGCCGAUCGACGAGCUAAUGAAAAGGCCAAGAAGAAAAAGAAAGAACAGAGACUGAAAAAGAAGAAGGAAGUUGCCGAGGCCGCUGCUGCAGCUUCCGCGGUACCCGYUUCGAUUGAGGUUUCAAAAGACGAAAAUGUCAACGGGAAAAGCGGUGAUGAUMUCUUGGACCUGGAAAAGGAUAUCGAAUCGUCAUUGGACGAUUUGUUUGGCUCCGAUGACUUGACAGACGAUCUGUUUAGCUAAAUCACGACUAGAAUAGAAAGAAUUYGUUUAU